AUGGUGUUAUUUGUACUUUGUGAUAUUGUUUCUGAGGGGAAAACCACCUUACCACCAGAUCCAACCUGCACAGAACUACCUCACUGUUGGUCAAAUGCCAAAGGUAAACAAAACUUACAUGUAGCUUGCAUGUUAGACUUAUUUCAUCUAUAAAGUAAAAGUAGUUUAUUUACCUAAUAGUUUCCUAAAUUAGAAAGAGCUGAAUACUUUUAAGUCAAAUUUCUUCCUUUAGGUACCUCUGUUGAUCCAGUGGCCAUUGAACAAAUCCAUUUUUAUAGAUCAAGAUUUGGUGAGCAGCCUCCCGCAAAGAAAUUUAGAGCAACCCCUUCAGUCUCAGAGCAAUUUUUUGGAGUUACUAGCAGUGAUGUAAGUGAAGAGACUCGAAAACAAAUGAAGCAGAACUUGAAAAUGGAGAUACUUGCAGCCAACAAUGACAAGUUCAUGCCACCUGUUUAUUACCUACUAAAAAGCUAGUUCAUGGAAUCUUGAUGUGCAUUUGUGGAAACCUAGG